AUGGAUCCCGAGAAGAUUGACGAGAAACGCUCGGAACAUUCCCCUGACACACGCAUCGACAAUCUCAACUAUGAAAACUCCUCGUCGUCACAGGCCGCAAUCGAACAACAAAAGUUAGCAUCACAACCAUCCGGCAUACUAGGGACCUUCUCCAAACUUGGCAAUCUACCAGAAUGGCACGUCCCAGGAUUUGGUCUGCUGCAGGGGAAGGCGCUGAACAAUGCCAUCUCCUGGUGCUCCUGUCUAGCCUUCCUCAUGUUCGGUUACGAUCAGGGUGUUCUGAGCGGAGUCCUUACCCUCGAUGAUUUCCAACGCCACUUCCCUCUCAUGACACCUCGCGAUCGUCCAAACAACCUUUGUUGGCUCGAUGCACCGACCAACACCAUACCCGACCCGAACAUGUGCACAGGUAGCCCGAGUAUCCUGUCUGCGUGUGUCGCGGUCUAUCAAAUCGGAUGUUUCCUAGGCGCUGUUCUCAUCUUGUUCUAUGGCGAGACUUGGGGCAGAAAGAGCAGUAGUUUCUGGGGCAGCUUCAUCAUGAUUGUUGGAACCAUCAUUCAAGUAGCCGCAGGAGGUACUUCUGGAGGCGGGGUCGACGGAUAUGCUCUGCUGAGUAUUGGACGUGUUGUUGGUGGGAUCGGUAACGGCAUGGUCACAGCGAGUGAGUACUCAAUUCCCACGUGGCAGUCCGAGUGUGCGAAACCCGAGAAGCGUGGACGUUUGAUCAUCACUUCGGGAGCAGUCAUCGUCGCAGGAGUUAUGAUAUCUUACUGGGUCACCUAUGGCUUCUAUUUCCUCCCAUCAGGCGAGUCUUACUCGUCUGUACGCUGGAGGUUUCCCAUCGCAUUCCAGUCAUUUUUCACAGUCCUCGUCAUGAUCGGCCUCUGUUUCCUACCAGACUCGCCACGAUGGCUUGUAAUGCGCGGUCGCCACGCCGAAGCUCGACACCUACUCGCUCGCCUUGCCGAUGCACCAGUAGACUCGGAGGAAGUAGACACGGAACUCACGAACAUCAAGGAUGCGCUUGAAGCGCAAAGCAAGGACGGCCCAUUCAAAAUGAAGGAGCUUUUGUACAACGGGCCAAGUCAGAACCUAAGGCGUACGCUGUUAGGUGUUGCCGCACAGUUCUUUCAACAGAUAUCCGGGAUCAACCUCAUUACCUACUAUGCGACCUACGUUUUCGAGAACUCGCUUGGUUUCGGACCAGACAUGUCUCGUCUCUUGUCCGCCUGCAAUGGUACCGAAUACUUCUUGGCUGGUCUGGUCGCCAUUCCAUUGAUCGAGCGUGCUGGUCGCCGCAAACUCAUGCUCUUUGGUGCAUUCGGCAUGAUGGCUAGUAUGGCUAUCAUGAGUGGUAUGACAUCGACAGCCAGCGAGAAUGAGUUCGGUGCUCCAGUUCUAGAGCCCAAGUACGGUAUCACAGCUGUCGUAUUCAUGUUCGCCUUCAACACCUUCUUUGCCAUCGGUAAGCAGCAUCUCCUUGGUAGAGCUUCGAUAUACAAGACCAUUUUACUAAUCCUUCACACAGGUUGGCUGGGAAUGACGUGGUUGUACCCUGCUGAAAUUACCAAUCUCCGCAUCCGCAUUCAAGCAAACGCGCUCUCCACAUGUUCCAACUGGAUCUCAAACUUCCUCAUCGUUAUGAUCACCCCACCUGCCUUCGCCAAUCUACAAUACAACACGUAUACCAUGUUCGCCGUCUUCAACGCUUGCCUUAUUCCAAGUGUCUACUUCUUCUUCCCAGAGCCAAAGGGUAGGAGUCUAGAAGAGCUGGAUGUCAUCUUUGCAAGUGCGCAUCAUGAGGGCAUCAACCCGGUCAAGCAAGCGAAGGAUAUGCCGAAGUUGACGGGGAGGGAAUUGGAUGUACAGAUUGCGAGAUAUUUCGGAGGGGAUUUUGAGGAGGCGAGACGAAGAAGUGUUGUGAGUGCUGGGAUUACUACAUGA